UUAUGCGUAGCAUGAUAUAUCAAUAGAGUUGUUGUGUUCAAUAACAAUAAUAAAUAAAGUAUAAUAGCAAUGAUGACAAAUAAAUAUCAACUACAAAUACACGUCACGUGACAUUCCAACAUACGUAAUAAAACCUCUUCAAAGUAUAAAACGAACAAAUCUAUACAAUUCUCUUUGUCUUCUCAUGACACACCGACUACGGACUGCGUUGACACAUUGAUGCAGAUUCCCAAUGCGCAUGCGUGGUACUUCCCGUGAUCUCUCGCCUUCGCACAAACUGAGAGGAGAGACAGCAGUGAGAGAAAUGGCGGCCAUGAAUGGGAUUAACGGCGAGAGACACGACUUGGUGGCGAUUCUCGACGCGGGGGCCCAGUACGGCAAGGUGAUCGACCGGAAAGUGCGAGAACUCUCAGUAGAAACGGAGAUUCAUCCUCUCCACAUCUCAGCUGAAUACUUGAGAGCAAAAGCCUUCAAGGCUAUCAUAAUAUCUGGCGGUCCAGGCAGCGUCUACGCUGAAAAUGCGCCUACAUAUGAUCCGGGAAUGUUGAGAUUGGGGAUACCCGUAUUAGGCAUCUGCUAUGGUCUUCAGUUGAUGAACUAUGAAUUUGGAGGUAUCAUAGAGAGGAAAUCCGCUAGAGAAGACGGUCAGCAUGAAAUCGAAGUGGACACGACUUCUCGGCUGUUUCAGGGAUUGAAGUCGAGACAAAAGGUGCUCUUGACGCAUGGAGAUUCGAUCAGCACAGUUGCCGACGGUUUCAGGAUAAUUUCUCGGAGCGGUGACAUUGUGUCGGGAAUCGAGGACUCCCAGCGUCGUCUCUACGGCGUCCAAUUUCAUCCCGAAGUCGAUCUGAGCGAACACGGCAAAGAAAUCCUGCGAAACUUUCUAUUCAAUUGUGCGGGUUGUGUUGGCAACUUUACUAUGGUCAAUCGGGAGGCCGCGUGCAUAAAGGAGAUUCGAGAAUUUGUUGGAGAUCAUCGUGUACUCUCGUUGGUCAGCGGAGGAGUCGACUCGGCUGUCUGCACGGCUCUGUUGCACAAAGCUAUCGGACGCAGUAAAGUCAUUGCCAUCCAUAUUGACAACGGAUUUAUGAGGAAAGACGAGAGCCGGUGUGUUGAGGAGUCAUUGCAGGCACUCGGAGUUGACUUGAAGGUACUUCACGCUGCACAGACGUUCUAUAAUUCACAUACGACCAUCGUGGACAAGACGGCACCCGAUGCCACACCGCGCAAACGCCGAACAAAGGCAUUGAAUAUGACGACGAAACCGGAAGAGAAACGGAAGAUCAUUGGAGACACGUUCGUUCGUGUGUGCGAGGAGUUCCUCCGAGGGCUGGAUCUCACAACAAAAGACGUCUUUCUGGCGCAGGGUACGCUUCGACCCGAUCUCAUCGAGAGUGCAUCGUCGAUUGCAAGCACUAAGGCAGAUGUCAUAAAGACACACCAUAAUGACACCGAACUGAUUCGAGCAUUACGUCAACAAGGCCACGUCAUUGAGCCACUCAAGGAUUUCCACAAGGACGAAGUUCGAGUUCUCGGCGUCAGUCUGGGUCUCCCUCAGGCUGUCGUUCAACGUCACCCGUUUCCCGGUCCGGGAUUAGCCAUACGUGUUAUAUGCGCCGAAGAGCCAUACACGGGUGGCGAUUUCAAAGAGACGGAGGUCGCACUCGGCAUUCUAAUCAAUUUCUGUCGAGCUCCGCACACUCAGCUUUUGCUACGUUUGAAGCAAGCGACGACGAUGGAGGAACAAUCGUGUCUAAUGAGCAUUAGUUCUAAGCUCGAUCUCAAGGCGAACUUACUACCGAUCAAGUCGGUCGGCGUCCAAGGCGACUGCAGGACAUACAGUUAUGUAGCUGCUAUAAGCAGCGAUGAACCACCGUGUUGGUCGUCGCUGUUCACGUUGUCAAAAUUGAUUCCUCGUGUACUCCACAAUGUCAACCGUGUUGUAUACGUGUUUGGGUCGGCCGUUCAUCACCCGGUGGAAGACAUCACUCCGACGCUUCUCACGUCCGGCGUCCUUAGCACUCUUCGUCAGUGUGAUUAUCUCGCACAGGAAGUCCUUCGUAUCUACAACCAAGUCCAACAUGUUAGCCAACUCCCGAUCAUUAUGGUUCCAAUACAUUUCGAUCGUAAUCCCGAGAGCAGGGAGCCGUCGAGUCGUCGUUCGAUCGUUAUUCGAACUUUCAUCACUUCGGACUUUAUGACGGGAGUUCCGGCCAUACCAGGCGAGCAUAUUCCCGAGCAUGUUAUCUUUGAGAUGCAUACAAAGAUAAUGAAAGUGCCGGGGAUAUCACGAGUCUUGUAUGACUUGACAGCGAAGCCACCUGGUACAACAGAAUGGGAGUAGGAACCUGACAUUGUGCUUUACCACAUUAUUUUAUCUUUGUUGAGCGACAGUCGUGACUUGUUGUAUUGUAAUUAUGGUGACUUCUAUUUAUAACAUGAAAUUUGCUUUGCAUGUGUUAUGUCACAAUGCUUGGAAAGACAAUGGUUGUAUAGAAUACUUGCAGCUUGUGUGUCAUUGUGUGCCUUCAAAGACUGGUGGCCAUGUGAAACUGUUGUAACAUAUAAUGUG